AAUUUUAAAUAUGUGUGUUUUAUAGACAUGUCUAACAUGGUUGGAGAUAGUAGCAUGAGCGAUGCGAAGAAAUUUACAGCAUUAGUUGUAGACAAUAACAUUGUCGUUCAAAAUGUAGAACAAAUGUUACUCCAUAAGAAAGGAUUCGAAACUAAGGUUGUGGAAAAUGGCCAAGAGGCUGUUAACAUUUUUAGUGAAGGCAAUUCUUUUGAUGUUGUUUUCAUGGAAAUGAAAUUGCCAAUAAUGGAUGGGAUUCAGGCAACUAAAGAGCUGCGAGCUAUGGGUGUUAAGUGCUUAAUCUUUGGCAUGACAACUUCUGAAUCCAAGUUUGACAUUCAAGCAUUCUUAGAAGCUGGUUUAGAUGGAUGUAUUCUUAAACCGCUGGAUUUUGUGAAGAUUGAUAGUGCACUCAAGUGCCUCGAAAAAUGA